AUGGACUCUCUCGAUAUCCCACAGACCCAAACAGUCGCUCUCGUCCGCGCCCUCGGUGGCGAAGUUGAGUUCAAGACAGACUACCCCGUGCCAAAACCAGGACGCAAUGAAGUCCUAGCAAAAGUGCUAUACACCGGCGUCUGCCAGAGUGACCUGCACACCAAAGCCGGCACCGCAGCCGGACCAGACGGCAACCCCAUAACAAAGAUCAAGCUCCCCCAUGUCGGUGGACACGAAGGAAUCGGCCGAGUUAUCGCACUCGGUCCAGAUAUUGAGCAUGGCACCGGACUGAAAGUGGGUGGGUUAGUCGGAAUCCGGUUCUCGAGCCGGAUUUGCCGGCGGUGCGAGUUCUGCCUUGCUGGUACUGAGCAGUACUGCGUCGCGAGUACAAAUCAUCUCCAUCAUGAAGAUGGCAGCUUUCAGCAAUACAUUGCCCUCGACGCAGAUUAUCUGACACUUUUGCCGGAUGAUGUUGAUCCGAAAGUUAUGGGGCCUGUGCUCUGCGCCGGGUUAACGGCUUAUAAAGCCGUGUUGAAUGCGAAUCUCCGUCCUGGGAACUGGCUAGUGGUGGUUGGGGCGGGAGGUGGUCUUGGGCAUCUAGCUGUACAAUACGCACGAGCUCAGGGGGCUGUGGUCAUUGGUGUCGACACGGGCCCAGGCAAGGGAGACUUUGUGAAGGGACUCGGCGCGCAAGAAUUCAUUGAUUUCGCCACUGAAGAUCCAGUCAAAAGGGUCCAAGAUAUCACCGGAUUGGGCGCUCAUGCAGUCGUAGUAACAGCAGGCAAUGCAAAAGCCUUUGCGCAUGCCUGUGAUAUGCUGCGAGUAGGUGGCACUUUGAGUUGCGUUGGAAUUCCCCCUGGGCGGCCAUGUCUCGAAACUCCUAUCUGUACGAUCGUGAUUAAGGGUCUCAGAAUCACGGGUAACUUGGUUGGAUCGUUGAAAGAAUGCAUGGAAGCCGUGGAUCUGGUACGCCGGGGUAUUGUGAAUCCUGUGAUCAAGGUUCGACCAUUCAGGGAUCUGCCACAGGUAUAUGAGGAGAUGGAGAAAGGAGAUAUUGCUGGUCGCAUUGUCCUUCAAGUGAUAGAGUGA